GUCGGCAUAGAUUAAGCAUAAACAUGAUUGACAAAUUCUGAAAAAUUUCCGGGAUUUUCUGUGAUUUCCGUUUCAGACUGGAAACGAUUGAGGCCGCAAGGGGAUCUGACAUGUUCCAAGGAUUUGAUGUAUUUAAUUUUUGUGAAAUGGAAAGUCAAGCAAGACAGCUAGAAAAUGCCAUCCAAGAAAUCGAUAGGGUGAAAAGGAAACUGCAACAAAACGUCAGUGAGGUUAAAUUGCAAGUUCAGACUGCAGUGAGUCGUAAUUUAGAGGCCCUGAGGAACCGAGAGGUGUGGCUUCUGAACCAGGUGGAGUUACUGCAGAGUGCCAAGGAAGAGGUUCUGAACAACCAGCAAGCAAAACUACACAAACUUCUGGGAGUCAUCCAGACCCAGAAAGGGGGCAUAACUCAAGCUAGCAGAAUUGACCCCAAUGACCUGAAGCCAGAAGAGUCCCCAUAUUUGACCUUCCGCUGUGAGGCUGGAUUAUUGAGGGAGAACAUCAACCGCUUUGGCAAGAUAGAUGCUAGUGGUCUCCCGCACUCUGUGUUCAUCCAGCCAGGGAAUCCAUCCACCAGUCUGCCCAGACAUGUAGAGGAGUACGAUGAUGCCGACCAUCACAUCCUGUACAAGACAGUGGAGGAGGUCCAGCAGGCUAGGGCCCCCAGCUCCCAGAUUGAUGUGAAAAUUCCUAAGCUGUCUCCUUCUGUAAAUGAUUGGCUGGCACGAUCUUCUACCAUUACAAACACCUCUGAAUCUGCCUCCAAAUUCACCAUGCCAAAGUUAAGCAACAAGAAAGAUGAUUGGUUGCAGCAGACGACUGAUAGCAGAAGCUUGGGAUCCGUCUACUCAGCUACUAAUAGCGUCACAUCAAUCAUGUCGGGCCAUACUUCGUCCUUGACCUCCAGUUUAAGUGUACCGAGCUUGACCUCUCAAGGGACAUUUUCCAGCACCCAGAGUUGGCUGAAGCAAAUCAAGCAAGACCUGGAAGAUGAGGAUGAUUUUGAGAUUGUAGAAAGUGGAGGAUCAUGUGGCUCUCCAGAAGUGGACAUGGAGUUCCAUCGUGAUUAUGUUAUUUCCCCCGCCCACUCCUCCCCAAACCUGCUUCAGUGGAAAUACAAGCCCUCCUCCACUGUCUGGCUGAAGACCAGCUCCUCCCCUAGUUCCACUCACAGCAAGACCCAUGAUGUUUUCCAGCACUACUUUGCCACAGUAUCACAGGACACAAAACAUUGGUUAGCGAAAAAGACCGAGAGCUGUUGUAGUCAGGCAUGUCAGUCCAAGAAACCCCUGGACAUAGAAAACCUUGGGUCUUGUUUAGGUCAUGAACACCCAAAAGUGAGCGACUUCACCUGGUUAUGUACAGCGACUGAAACAUGUACAGAUAUGAAGGAAUGUGCUACAGACCCCAGCUGUCUUGAUAAAUUCCUCCAGAAGAACCCAGUGUGUAAACUUACCCCUGUCACUGCCAUACCUAGCAAGAUACAAAAAACCUACACAGGUCCUGUGGAUACCAACACUUGGCUUCUGAAACCAGGAAACUCCAAUCCAAUCAACAGCAGUAUGACGAAUCCAUUUGACAAGUACCUAACCAACACCAGUCAGAACAUUUCUGAUUGGCUGAAGCCAGUGUCCUCUAAAAAGGAUUCUCAAGAGGGAAUUUCAUUCAAGCAUUUUGAUAAAAAGCUGUCAACGUGGAUUAAAGUUCCAGGUAAACUGAAGGAAGAUAAAAGUGUCCCAGAGACCCAGAAAAUAGUCAUACCAACACUGGCAUCGAUUGACAACCAGGAUUGGUUGAUGCAGAAACCUGCGGUUAGUACCUGGCUGAGUGCACCAGGCAAGCAGAAUGAAAAAACCAGCUUGUUUCAGAACUUUCAUAAAAACAAUCCAGAGUGGUUGAUGAAACCUACCCAGUCUGUCAAAUCAUAAGGUUUUUGGGAAUGCUUGUAUAUAAUUUGUUUGGGUUUUGUUGUUUUUUUUCUUCUUUUUCUUUAUUUAUUUAUUUUUUUAAAAAUUUUUCCCAAUGGUAUUUCUGGCAAAAUGAAAGAAUAACAAAUCCUUCUUUUUAAGAGAUAUAAAUUCUUGCCAGUUAUAUUAGAUAUAAUGCAUUUCUAUACAAUUUAAAAUGGGGGGGGGGGGGGUGAAAUUACUAUCAUGAUCACAUGAGAUGUUUAAAAAAGUUAUUUUAAAUUCAUAUGAAAUGGGAAUAUGUUUUGACUUGUUUAUUUGGUUCUUAAUGUGGAACUUGUGAAAUUAAGAUCCUGCACAAUCCAAUAUUUGGGUACAUUUUCAUUGCCCUUGAUAAGCCUUGUAAUCUUGUAAUACAGCAUAUGUCAUUGUACAGGAUCUCAUAUAUUCGGGGUGUAUUCUAUAAGAAAAUUAUUUUGGUAUCAUAUAGAAGGAUUUUCAUUGUAUUACCUAUUAAUGUAGGUUGUGUAUCCAGACAAAUUAUAUAUCCACAUAUUUGUAUAUUGUACAUGUAGAAUUUUGAAACCAACUUCAUUUUUUCGUAUAUGUCCACUUGUAUUGUAUAUGUUCAUUAAUCUUGAUGAUAUUUUACAAAUCGGCAUAGUUGAAAUAUGUCAAAAUUGAUAAUUUGCCAUAUAUUUAAAUGGCUGUCUGUGAUAAUUUGAAGUCAUGUGACUAUGUACCUUAAUCUCUUUAAAUGUGAGUACACAUAGCUUAUUUGACAUUUACAUAGGGUGCAAUAAAUGUUCAAGCUACAGUAA